GCCACCUAGUGGUUGUUGUUGGGAGAGAGGCUCACAAUGGAAUAUGUCGGGCUUCCAAUUGCCGGUAAUUAUUUUCCUAGCGUUCACGUCCAUUUUCGGUGUCGUUCAAAGGGACUGUGAAGCAAUUCGCCGCUUUUUUAACUUUUGCAACAAAAAGCCCAUAAUGGAUUUCGAAUAUGUUUCUGACGCUUCUCAGUAGCUUUCUCUCGUGAGGCUGAUUGCUUGGUUUCCAGACCUUGUCACCUUGGUGGUGGAUUUGUAACGAUAUAUUUAGCCUCUCUCGUUUGGGAUAUUGCCAUUGGAGCAAGAGAAGACGCAAACAGAAAUUCAAAUUGGAUUGCCAGGUUUCCAGGAAGAUGCGGCUGUGAGCUUGCUGAUCCUGUGGGUCUUCACCUGAUCGUGACCAUGGGGAUAUGGCCGGGGGGUGUCCGGGCCUGCAUUGCAGGCCAGGAGAACUGCUCUGCCAACAAUGAGUCCAAAGACUACUGUUACUCAGCCCGUAUCCGCAGCACCGUGCUUCAGGGCCUACCCUUUGGAGGGGUCCCCACAGUUCUUGCGCUGGACUUCAUGUGCUUCCUGGUGCUUCUCUUUGUCUUCUCUGUACUGCGGAAAGUGGCCUGGGAUUAUGGACGCCUGGCAUUGGUGACAGAUGCUGACAGAUCGAAGAAGCGUUUCAACGGAUUGGAGGAGCGGGAAUAUGUUGCCUCAGCUCUGCAUUCUGAAACGCCAGACCGCUAUGAACGUCUCACUUCAGUCUCCAGCUCUGUCGACUUCGAUCAACGGGAUAACGGCUUCUGUUCCUGGUUAACUGCCAUCUUCAGAAUAAAGGACGAGGAGAUCCGGGAGAAGUGUGGUGAGGACGCCGUGCACUACCUUUCCUUCCAGCGCCACAUCAUCGGCCAGCUGGUGGUUGUUGGGGUUCUGUCUGUGGGCAUCGUCCUGCCGGUCAACUUUUCUGGAGACCUUUUGGAAAAUAAUGCAUACAGCUUUGGGCGGACCACUAUAGCAAACCUGAAGUCUGGGACUAACCUCUUGUGGCUCCACACUUCGUUUGCAUUCAUAUACCUGCUUCUGACUGUGUACAGCAUGAGACGACACACGUCCAAGAUGCAUUACAAGGAGGACGACCUGGUGAAACGUACUUUAUUUAUCAAUGGGAUCUCCAAAUAUGCCGAAGAGGUCCACAUAAAACAACACUUUCAACAAGCCUAUGAGAACUGCACUGUUCUUGAUGCUCGAAUCUGCUACAACGUAGCCAAACUCAUGUCCCUGAAUGCUGAGAGGAAGAAGACAGAGCGCAGUUUAAAGUUCUUCACAGAUCUCAUGGCCAAAGAGCACAUGCCCACCAUGGUCAACCCGAAACCCUGUGGCCACCUCUGCUGCUGUGUCAUCAAAGGCUGUGAGCAGGAAGAGGCGGUGAGCUUCUAUACUAAGCGGGAGGCCAAAUUGAAGGAGGAGUACAGAAAGGAGAAAGAGAAGGUCAACACUAAACCUCUUGGCAUGGCGUUCGUCACUUUCCAGAAUGAGGCAAUGACUGCAAUAAUCCUAAAGGACUUCAAUGCCUGCCAAUGCCAUGGCUGCACAUGUCGCCAAGAGCCCAAGUCAUCCCAGUUCAGUGAAAGUCUCCACAUCUACAACUGGAGUGUGAGCUAUGCUCCUGACCCUCAAAACGUGCGCUGGGAGCACUUAUCGUUGGGGGGGGUUUCCUGGUGGAUUCGCUGCUUCAUCAUCAACUGCAUCCUUUUCCUCCUGCUCUUCUUUCUCACCACCCCCGCCAUCAUUAUCUCCACGAUGGACAAGUUUAAUGUCACCAAGCCUGUGGAGUAUCUCAAUAACCCCAUCAUCACCCAGUUCUUCCCUACUUUGCUCCUGUGGGCUUUCUCUGCCCUGCUGCCCACCAUUGUCUACUACUCUGCUUUCUUCGAGAAACACUGGACGAGGUCGGGGGAGAACCGGACCACCAUGCACAAGUGCUACACCUUCCUUAUCUUCAUGGUCCUCUUGCUGCCUUCACUGGGCCUUAGCAGUUUGGAUGUCUUCUUCCGCUGGCUGUUUGAUAAGAAAUUCCUUGCUGACGCCACUGUCAGAUUUGAGUGUGUCUUCCUCCCUGACAACGGAGCCUUCUUUGUCAACUAUGUCAUCGCCUCAGCGUUUAUCGGUAACGCCAUGGACCUGCUGCGGAUUCCAGGCUUGCUCAUGUAUAUGAUCCGACUGUCCCUGGCCCGUUCCUCUGCAGAGAGGCGCAACGUAAAGAGGCAUCAAGCGUUUGAAUUCCAGUUUGGAGCGGCCUACGCCUGGAUGAUGUCCGUCUUCACUGUAGUUAUGACAUACAGCAUCACCUGUCCAAUCAUCGUCCCCUUUGGUCUGAUGUACAUGCUGCUGAAGCACCUGGUGGAUAGAUACAACAUGUAUUACGCUUACCUUCCCUCGAAACUGGACAAGAAAAUCCACUCCGGGGCUGUCAAUCAGGUGGUGGCAGCUCCCAUCCUCUGUCUUUUUUGGCUGCUAUUCUUUUCCACCAUGCGCACAGGCUUUGUAACCCCCACGUCCAUGUUCACUUUGGUGGUCCUAAUCAUCACCAUUGUGGUAUGCCUGUCGCACGUCUGCUUCGGCCACUUCAAGUACCUCAGCGCUCACAACUACAAGGUACGGGUCACUGUGCUCAAGAUUGACACCAAGGAAACAGAUGUUGACGUGGUUGAAAAUGGCCGCCCUCCAGUCCGCACCUUCUCCUCUCCUUCUAAUAAGUCUCAGCAACCAACGUACAUUGCCCAGGUUUUACAGGACCCAAUCAUGGAUGAUGCUUGCACAGGCAGUGGGGAGGAAGAUCGGGGGUCCUCACAGGAUGAGGAGAUGAUCAACACUGGGAAUAGUCUCAAUGAAGCUGACUUCCAGUCCGGUGAAGACAGCCUCAUAGCCAACGAGGUCCACCAGUAACACUACCAGCGGAGAAGGGGAAAGAGCGAAAGAUGGUGAGAGAGGGAUUUUGGAGAGGAUGAAUCCCAGACACGAACAACAAACCACCAACUUCACUUUGGAUUCUAAAACAAUUUGCAGUCAUUCCUCCCCCAUUUUUUUUCAAUUGUGCCUCUGCACAUUGGCAUUACCAGAAAAUGCCAGUUACAUCACCACACACACACACACACACAGUGUAAUUGUGAAUGGUUUUGUUAAGUAUAAUUUGGAGCUUGUCUCUGCGGAUUCUUCAAAGUCCCCUCUGUGUAUUUUGAACACCUAUCAGCGCGAUAUGAAUCUGGGUGUUGACGCCCCUUGUUUUAUUUAUUUAUCUACUGGAGUCCUACACUUUUAUGGAGCUUCUAUGGAGCACAAGUCCAACACUGGUUUUCAUCCAAUCCAAAAAGAUGGAGUCCCAGGAAAGAAACCAUACAAUAGCCUAGACUUUGUACAUAUCCCAAAAUAUGCCAACUGUUUUUGUGUCUCUUAUUUGAAAGAGGGGGUCAAAAUUGUGCCUGGUUUGGGUUUCUUUUCAUCCAUGUUUCCUUACUAAAUCCCCAUCAGUGUGGCUCAGGACUGGUGGAGAGGUCAUGAAAAUUAGGCUACAAAGCCUCUAAUGAAAUCCUGCUCUAAGCACAGGUCCCAUUUCACUUUUAUGGGUCUACAGACUCGUACUCAAACUAAACUUGGUUCAUUCUUGUCAAUGUGCAAAGCACCCUGCAUUAGGUCUUCUUUCUCAUAGCUUAUGAACAAAAGGACUUUGCUUGCCCCUUUUUUCUUUGAUAUCUUAUGUUCGUCCUAAGAUAUUCACUCUGCCACUGAACAUCCUAGCCAUGUGGUUGGAGACACCAUCUUAACAUGACGUAUAAAAACAUGAUGCAGUCACUGUCAAGUUUGUGUAUUAUUAUUUUUAUUUUUUUUACUUCAUGUGUCUCACGUCACUGAAUGGGCACUGUUGGAGGAUAUCAGGGCCAUCACAUCGGCCCUCUGUUGUGUCAUCGAUAUUCCAAAGGCGGCAGUGGGCAUGGCAUGCCAAGCAGACCAGGGUUCCGCUCAGAUGGAUUGUGGGGUUUCUGGUGUGACUUGUGUUGCCAUGGCAUUUGUCUACUGUCCUCCUGCCUGUGAUGCCCUGUCAGUCACCUGGUCUUGCUGCUCCCCUCCAUCCUGUCCAUCUCAGUUUCCAAAGGGUCAGUCAUGGAUGGCUUGGUGACUCUUGCAGCCACUAACGUUGUACAGUUUUUAUUUUGUCUUUUUAUUUUUUAUUUUACCUCUACCACCUUAAACAUAUGAACAUAUACACCUGAAAUAGGAAGCACAUUUUCUUGUCGGUGCAUAGUUCAAAUAGGCAACUUCUACUCUAACUGGGUUCCGUUCACCUUGGAGAACUUCAACAUGUACACAAUAGUACAAUAGUUUAGCCUAUGUUGUAGAUCCAGGGAAAAGCUGGGAGACAUGAAGAAACUGGUCUUGCCUCAAGUACUCUCUACCCUUAAAAUCCUCCAGUCAGAAGUACGAUAUAUGCAUCUCUGGAAAAGCCAAGUCCCAAUGCAUUAGCUGUUUUUCUAUGCUUUCUCUGAAGGAAUAGAAAUGAUGUGUAGAUUAAAAAUGUAGUAUUUUUGCUCUUCAGGAGUCAUACCUAUGGAAGGUAAUUGUUCAGAUAUACAGCACCAAUGAAUAGCGAUGCUUCCAUUUAUUUUUGUCACAUCAGUUUGGGUGCAGUGUGUGUCUCUGAUUUGAAGUGCAAUCAGCCAGGUGUCGUCUGUCUGAUGCAAAUUGGCUCUCGGAUUCUUUUCUCAGCCCGCAUAGCAACUUCCCCAUUUGGUGUUCACAGUUGUACCCUGGGAAAUUGUGAUGACAUUUCAAAGGCAGUGUGCAAGUUCUUUUCUUAAUGCACUUCAAGCACAAAACACAUGAAAACGCAAUCAAAUACUUCCAUAAAAGGCACUGGGUAGAAAUAAAUGAACGCACAACUAUGUAUAUCAUUUCAUAUAUAUCUUAAAUUACCACAAUUUCAUGAAUUUGAAAUAAUCCAGUCCAAAACAAAAAAAAAGUGGAUAACCGGUACAUUAGGCAGAAUUAAAUGUAACUUUCCUGAAGUAUUAAAUCACUGGGUAAGUAUUGUCAAUAUACAGUAGUGAUGGCUCUAUCUCCCUAAUACUUUUAAGUGGAGCAUUCUAAGUAUUUCUUUAUAAACCUAGCCAGUCCUUUCAGAUCUGUGAACACCAUAGGGAUUUGGCCAAAUGGACCAAAAAAUGUACCAGGCCCAAGAGUGUGGCUCCACUGACUAGUCCAACAAAUGAGGUGCACUGAUAGUGAAGAUCUGCUAGAGGUCACUGUAUACCUGUGUUUUUGUAUUACUAUUAUUAUCAUGUUUUGGAACGAGACGAAUCGUCUCUGUGCAAAAUGAUUUGUUGUAACAAAAAAAGGAUGUUUUACCAAUUUGCAUCAGGAACAUGCAAUAGCAAGCCUGACAUGCAGCAAAGAAAUAGAACUAGAGCAGUGACUUAAGGAAAUGUUCAAGUCUCAGGUGUACUUGUUUAAAAAAAAAAAAAAAAAAAAAAUGUUUACAUCUGUUUUUUUUACAUUGUGAUAGUUGUUUUCAACUUUAAGCAUUUCGAUCUGUUGAUGAAGCUAAUCUAUGAAAGCUGUGGCUAUUGGUAACAUUCUAUCAGGUAGGAAAAUAAAAACAUGUACUGUGGUUGUCUUGUUAUUAGCAGUACAGUUUCCUCUGUAGACACUGAAAUUACCAUUGUAUUGUGGUUUGUCCCUGUUUAAAAACCAUAGCUACAUGCUGGAGAUAUUGUAGCUUUUCUGUGUCUACUCUGUUCUGUAACGUCUGUUUCCCUUUUAAGUUGGUGUGCACUUAACACUCUGUUCAUGAUUGUAUGCACGCUAACACAAGACUAACAACUAUCCAGUGGAAGUACAUUUUCCUGACAGUAUAAUAAAUAUUUUAAGAGGCUUGCUUGCUAAAGGACAGUAUUUCUCAAUGGAAAUGAAGUUACUUUACAAUAACACUAUUCUACAGUGACGAAAAAAGGCUUUGAGAUAUUUUUGUAAAUCGCAAGAGGAACUGUUUUCAGUGAUACAGCCUAUUCCAGAUGUGAUACCGAUUAUGUAUUAUGUUGAAAGCUGUGACGAUGCCGUUACAUUUAUUGUGAUUUUUUUAUUUAUCAUGAACAGACUUUUUAUUUUAUAACUGUUGCUAAGGAUUUAAGUUAUGAAAAUAAACAUGCCUUGAUAGAAGGAUUCGGGAUCGGGAAUGGUUUGCUAAAAGUUUAUGAUUAGAUUUCUAUAUACACUAACAUUCAAAAGUUUGGGGUCACUUAGAAAUGUCCUUGUUUUUGAAAGAAAAGUCCAUUAAAAUAACAUCAAAUUGAUCAGAAA